AUGUCGCUGCCUACUCGUUCCUCGUUCGUGCUCGAGACACGCCCAGUAACCUCGCUCGGGACACGCGCACUCGAGCCCGAGGCUUCUGGGUCGCCUGUUGGACCGUCUGCGGACCUGUCUCUCGUUGACGCACGUCCGCCUGAACGAGCGGCGCAAAAUACCACCUUCCGCCCUGCGCCGCUCCCCAAAAGCCAGAGCAGCGUACGUAAAAGCCCCAGUGUGCCUGCUAUUGCCACGCCGCCGCCACGCCAUCUGCGUGGCUACUUGGCGCAUACAAGCCUUGGGGCCAAGCGGCGUUUCCGCCCGCGUGCCUCUGCGGUCUACUGGGCAGAGCUUCGAAACGGCUCGCUGCGUCUCUAUGAAACCGACGAGGGCCCCUACAAAGACGAAACAUCGGACGAGGGUGCAGUGGAGCACUAUGCUCUCGUCCAUACGCUUGCCAAACUCGUGCCGGUCGUCACGCCCGGCAUGCACCAUGCCUUUGACCUCGUCCUCGCCGACUCCACCGUCCGCCGAUUCCAAGCGAGCGACGAUGGCGAGACGCGGCGAUGGGCCGAGCUGUGUAAUCUGUGUGCUGCAGAGCAGAGUUGCAUCCCUCAGCAGGAUGAGCCCAGCCACACCAACUUCGGCUGGAAUGAAGUCGGGCGCGCGCCGUCCCCCCCCUUGGCGCCGCGCAAGCCCUGGCGUGCGCUCGUGCGCCUCUUUCGGUCGAGCCGCAGCGAGCCCCGUGAGCAGCUCAGCGACUGGGUCGUACCCUCUGCGCCGCUAUGGCCCAGCGACCGUGAACCCCAGGUGCAAUGCACGCAGCUGGCGCGGCACAAAGCCAACCUCGAGCAGGCGCUGAGCGAGCACACCCAAGUGCGUCAGGCCAUGCUUGAACUAUGGGGAUCCAACGCCGCUGCUCGUCAAAAAGCGCUAGAGAACUGGGAUCGUCGGUAUUCCUACCUCACGCACGAGCUCCACAAGUUUUCCACCUACCAUACCACGCUGGCCCACGCGCUCGCCGCGGCGCGAUCGGUGCGCACGGACCCUUUGUAG